AUGAAAACAAAAGGCGCUAUUAAACCACGAGACACCUGCAAAAAUCUUCGGCGAUGGAUCCAGGGUCAGAAAGCCUUUCCAGCGUUCGUGCCCUGCAUCAGACUGUACACACUUCACCAGGUGAACAUCAGACCGUACACACUUCACCAGGUGAACAUCAGACCUUACACACUUCACCAGGUGAACAUCAGACUGUACACACUUCACCAGGUGAACAUCAGACUGUACACACUUCACCAGGUGAACAUCAGACCUUACACACUUCACCAGGUGAACAUUAGACUGUACACACUUCACCAGGUGAACAUCAGACCUUACACACUUCACCAGGUGAACAUCAGACUGUACACACUUCACCAGGUGAACAUCAGACUGUACACACUUCACCAGGUGAACAUCAGACCGUACACACUUCACCAGGUGAACAUCAGACUGUACACACUUCACCAGGUGAACAUCAGACUGAACACACUUCACCAGGUGAACAUCAGACUGUACACACUUCACCAGGUGAACAUCAGACCCUACACACUUCACCAGGUGAACAUCAGACUGUACACACUUCACCAGGUGAACAUCAGACUGUACACACUUCACCAGGUGAACAUCAGACCUUACACACUUCACCAGGUGAACAUCAGACUGUACACACUUCACCAGGUGAACAUCAGACUGUACACACUUCACCAGGUGAACAUCAGACUGUACACACUUCACCAGGUGAACAGACUGUACACACUUCACCAGGUGAACAUCAGACUGAACACACUUCACCAGGUGAACAUCAGGCUGUACACACUUCACCAGGUGAACAUCAGACUGUACACACUUCACCAGGUGAACAUCAGACUGUACACACUUCACCAGGUGAACAUCAGACUGUACACACUUCACCAGGUGAACAUCAGACUGUACACACUUCACCAGGUGAACAUCAGACUGAACACACUUCACCAGGUGAACAUCAGACUGAACACACUUCACCAGGUGAACAUCAGACUGUACACACUUCACCAGGUGAACAUCAGACUGUACACACUUCACCAGGUGAACAUCAGACUGAACACACUUCACCAGGUGAACAUCAGACUGUACACACUUCACCAGGUGAACAUCAGACUGUACACACUUCACCAGGUGAACAUCAGACUGUACACACUUCACCAGGUGAACAUCAGACCUUACACACUUCACCAGGUGAACAUCAGACUGUACACACUUCACCAGGUGAACAUCAGACUGUACACACUUCACCAGGUGAACAUCAGACUGUACACACUUCACCAGGUGAACAUCAGACUGUACACACUUCACCAGGUGAACAUCAGACUGUACACACUUCACCAGGUGAACAUCAGACUGAACACACUUCACCAGGUGAACAUCAGGCUGUACACACUUCACCAGGUGAACAUCAGACUGUACACACUUCACCAGGUGAACAUCAGACUGUACACACUUCACCAGGUGAACAUCAGACCUUACACACUUCACCAGGCCAGGCUGAGCGUUGACACAUCAGAUGAAGAGAUGAGGCGGUGGGAGGGAGUGGAGGCGGGCCAGGCCACUCUCUGCGUUUCGCACUUGUUUAACACCUCAUACGGAGCAGGGAGCCAGCCGAAGGCUAUGGGAAAGGACGGUAUUGCUAGGUUCGAGGUAAAAGUAUUCAGAUUAUUCCAGAAAGUCUUUGAGUUGUCUUCACAUCCUGUGGAGAAUCCUGGGCCUGACGUGGGUAAGACACCCAGGAUGGGAUGGGACGCCAGAAUCUUCGAUCGCAAGGACAGUGGGAUAGAAAAUAAGGACCAGAAAUUCAAGAAUUAG